CGCGGCUCCAGUUUGUCAAAUAUUUCCUCUGUCGCAUGUUUUUUAUUUGUGGAAGUUCCGUCGAGCGACAGAGGUGAAAAUGUCCGCGGUUUCUCCUCCGUUAAACGAAAAUCACGUCAUUCACCGCCGAGAUUUACUGGAUUUACGUGAAAACAGCAGAAUAUCUCACACGGAGGAGCGCGUGCGCGGGGUUGCUCCGCACCCUGGGUCCUCUGGGUCCUCUGGGUACUCUGGGUCCUCUGGGUACUCUGGGUACUCUGGGUACUCUGCUCAUUCUGCUCAUCGGGACCACAGGACCGCGCCCGCGCCGCACGGCUCCGGAGACGCCCCGCGCUCAGACGCCGACGACCCCACGACCCGGACGCCCGAGCUGGACGACUGCCAGAGGAUGGGGAGUCUGUUUGGGAUGAUCAACAAAUGUCUACGCGGCGUGGGCUUCAGUCAGAUGUACUUUGGGGACAAAAUCGUGGAGCCCGUGGUCAUCGUGGUGUUUUGGAUGCUGCUGUGGUUUCUGGGGAUUCAGGCGCUCGGACUCGUGGGAACUCUGUGCAUAAUUAUCAUCUACAUCCAGGACUAGAACCAUCGGAGACGCCUGAAGUUUAGAAGAAUGUCCCACACUAAAUGACAAUCCAAACGGAAGUGGCUUAAGGUUUUUAUUCCUCAUUAAAGCGGUUGCUACGGGAGAUGAUUGUAACUAGGGCUAUUGAUCAUUUAUCAUAUCACAAAACUGAAAAUAUCAUAAUCUUUAAAUUGAACAGUGUCUUUCUUGUUUUCAUUUAUUUGAAAAGUGUCAAAAUGUCGCCAUAACGAUACUCAAAAAAAACUCAUCGCAUCAGUUUUUUUUAUUUAUUUUUAUCAGAAAGUCUCAACUGUAAAACGAUCUGUCACUGAAUCUCUGUGUUGUUUUGACCAGACCGCUGUACGUUGUUCCUUUUUGUUUCACGUAUCACUGAGAAACCCAAAAACACUGAAGUCAUUUUCUUGUAUUUUUUCACGUUUCACUGAAUCGGGCUUCUUCCGUUUCACUCCUUUUGCUUUAAAAAUGUUAAAUUGUUUGUGUUUUUAAACUGUUUUCACUGUGGAAUGAGUAAAGAUGAGGCCUUUUUAACUAAAUUAUCUUAUAAAAACCAAAAACACUUGAUUGUUGCUUCAGUGCACAGCAUUUAUCACAGGUUUAAUCGUAGCUUUAAACUCUGCAUGAAUGUUUAUGGUUUAAAACGAGGCAGAACAGCUGGAAACAUUUCUGCAAACCGUAAAUGCAUGUGCAAUAUCGCCGCUUUUCGAGAGCCGUUUAAGGCUGUUUCUAAACGUCUAAAGUUGUUGUUUGCGAGUCCAGAGACAGGAAGUGAUGUUCAUUCUGUCGUUUUCCAGAUGCACAGGAAGAAAUGUGUCACCAGGUGUGAAUCUAACAAAACCCAAAGACAGAAUCCUCCACGUCCGUGUGACACUUUCUCUUUUGUGUCGUCGCGUUGAAUCAGUUUCACGACAACUUAUUGGGGAAAAAUACUUUGAAAAUGUGUUUAGUUGCAGAAACUGAAUACCUGCGUUAAAAUAUUCACUGUCUGGACAAAAAAAAAGGUCACACACUUUAAAAAAACGCUCUUAAUUUCACGUUUAAACACAACCCUGACUUCUUUCUACUGUUGUUUUUCUUCGAUUUGAUUUUACCGAACGUUUAAGUCGUCGCCGAUCACGAUUAUUCAGGGUUUUUUUUUUUUCCCUCAAAGACGAUGGGUCCCCACUGUUUUUCCAGUUUUUAAUAAAGCUUUGGACAGUUUCUGCAAUCUCCGAAGUUUAAAUCUGUCGUUGUAAAGAGUCUAAAGUAA